AAUACAUGGUAAUUCCAAUGAGAGCGUAAAUUGGAGAGUAGAGUGAGAGCAAAAGAGAGUGCGAUAGUGAAGAGAGAAGAAAAGCGGUUUGGUCCAAAGCAAGGCAAAGAAAUGGAAGGGUUGUCGUCUUCAAUGGCGAUUGCGCAGAAAACAUGGGAGCUCGAGAACAACAUCAUCCCCAUGGACACUCCGGGAGCCGCCUCAUCCUCCUCCGCCGCAACCGCCACCAACGCCGACGAUUCUAUAUUCUACUACGACGAGGCCGGGCAGAAUGAGUUCCAGCGCGACAAGCCCUGGGCCAAUGACCCUCACUACUUCAAGCGCGUCAAGAUCUCCGCACUCGCGCUACUCAAGAUGGUCGUCCACGCACGCUCCGGCGGAACUAUCGAGGUCAUGGGCCUCAUGCAGGGAAAGACCGAUGCCGACGCCAUCAUCGUCAUGGACGCCUUCGCUCUCCCCGUUGAAGGCACGGAAACGCGCGUUAAUGCUCAGGCAGAUGCUUACGAGUAUAUGGUCGAUUAUUCCCAGACAAACAAACAGGCUGGAAGGUUGGAAAAUGUUGUGGGAUGGUAUCACUCUCAUCCUGGGUAUGGGUGCUGGCUGUCGGGGAUCGAUGUUUCGACGCAGAUGCUGAAUCAGCAGUUUCAGGAGCCGUUUCUGGCGGUUGUGAUUGAUCCCACGAGGACUGUUUCGGCUGGGAAGGUUGAGAUUGGGGCUUUUAGGACUUACCCUGACGGGUAUAAGCCUCCGGAUGAGCCUAUUUCUGAGUAUCAAACUAUCCCUCUCAAUAAGAUUGAGGACUUUGGUGUCCACUGUAAACAGUAUUAUGCCUUGGAUAUCACUUACUUUAAGUCAUCUCUUGAUUCACAUCUCUUGGAUCUUCUGUGGAACAAGUAUUGGGUGAAUACAUUGUCGUCUUCUCCUCUGUUGGGUAAUGGAGAUUAUGUUGCUGGACAAAUCUCUGAUUUAGCUGAAAAGCUAGAACAAGCAGAGAAUCAGUUGGCACACUCACGCUUUGGGCCACUAAUAGCACCGACACCUAGAAAGAAAGAGAAUUGCCCAACAUACAGCUUUGCUGAGUCCGGGGCUGACCCAUUUUUGACUCAUUGGCCUGGUGGGGUUUGGUUGGACUGUCCAUUUUGGCACCUGUAUACAUUCAAGAGAAGAGUUGUUUGCUAGGUAGUCAAAAUUGAGAUUUCACCCGAGAUUAUAAAAGAAAGUAUGGAUUGUAAAUCGGUAUAUUGUAACAAGGAUAGCAAGAUAUUACUAAAUUUGUGGAAUUCAUAUAUGCACACACAAAAUUAUUAUGUCUCACUCGAAACUAAUAAUUGAACUUCAGUUCAAAAUGGCCAACAAAAAGUAUAAUAAACAUAUAAAAUAGUAAAUUAACAGUUGUAAACACCACAUUCUUGUUACAUACCAGUAACUCCUUACUAGUUACAAAAUAGAAAAGCAAUAGCUCCAUCCUAUUUCGAAAUAGGAAUUCUAUCUUAGUUACGAAAUUAUUUAUCUAAAGCAAAUAACCCUGUAAGCUA